ACAACAAUAAAGACAAUGAAAAGUGUGGGAAUCAGUGGCAGAAUAAGGCAAAUAGCAGUGAUGAAGCUCAGCAGUGAAAUCAUUACAGUCGGCAUGUGAGAACAGGAGCAGGCUCUGUCUCUGGAGCCAGCUAAUUAACCUCGGCUGACUAAGAGUAGACACAGGUAGGCACUGUGUUUGAGUGUGUUGUUACCCGUCUUCCGUGUGGAUGAGUAUGAACAAAAGGGCAGACUCUUUUCCCCAAUCAAGCUAAUGGAGUGGAUGAGCUAGAUGGGCAGUGACAGGUAGAAGGGCCUCCAGGUGAUUUAGGGAGUCAGGGGAAGAGAGAGACUGAGGUGAGGAUUUCAGCCUUUGAUUGGCAGGACAAAGGAUGAUAAAAAAAGCCCGGCUUGUGGUGUCAGAGCCGUUAGCAGGUGGUGCAGGUCUGAGGAGCAUACAGUGACAAGUACUGCAGUUCAUGUUAGCCAGUCAAAGAGUCACUUCGGAGCUAAUACUAUUGACCUGCGUGCUGCAGCUGUGAGAACAGAAGCAACAACUUGCUUAAACUUUAGUGUCUCAUUGUAUUUUACCACAUAACCAAUAGUUAUUUUUGAGUCUUGGCCAAGAUGAUCCUGCAACAGAAGAAAUCAAAUUGUGGGCCUGUGCUGGCCCUGUGCUGCUUUCUGCUCUGGAUCUCUCUGCAGCCAGACUCCCUCCAUCGGGUGGCAGCCGUCAAUCUGCGGCGCUUUAUUGGUUGUGCCGUGCGUGAGUUCACUUUCCUAGCCAGGAAGCCUGGCUGUGGGGGCUUGCACAUCACCACUGACGCCUGCUGGGGGCGCUGUGAGACCUGGGAGAAGCCAGUCCUGGACCCUCCCUUCAUUGAGUCCUACCAGCGUGUUUGUACCUACAACGAGACCCGUCUAGUUUCUGUGAAACUGCCCAACUGCCUGCCAAACGUCGACCCCAUCUACACCUACCCCGAGGCCCUAAGAUGUGACUGUGGUGUCUGUCUGACCAGCACCACUGAAUGUAUAACAUCUGUCUAACACAACAUAUAUACUUAUUUUUAACUAUACACUUUGUAAAUAAACUAUUUUUGUUGGGUAAAAUUGGAAAAACAAGGCCAAAAAAAUCUGUUUUUCCUGCUAAGCAUUAAGUUAAAAAAAAUGUUUCUGAUUCAUGAUUUAUACUAUUAAGAGACCAUGACAUGAUCCCGGGCUGAUUGAGUGUAGUGGUCAUGUAUUGGACUUUUGUUUUAUGAUGCUGAUGUUUAAGUAACUGUUUUAAGGAGUAAGCCAAACAGAUUUACAUAAGAGGAUGUUAUACAAGCAUGAUAUAGCUAUAUAUAUGAUACUAUGUCACAUAUAGUGAAGUGUUUGCAAUAUUUGCUAUAAUCCAAAUGGUUAAGAGGAGAGCUGUAGACAACCCCAAAAAACAAUCCUGUAAAGACCUGUGAGCUUGUGAGUAAGCAUAAGUACUGAUUGAGAACUGUACUUCAGAGAGAGUGGUUAAAUAUGUUCUAGUCUCACUCACCCAGACUCUCCUCCAAAGCAUCCUGCAGGAGAGUCUGGCUACUCCACAUAGAAUUUUAGGAUAGGAGGAAAACGUGCUGUGGUUUAUUGGCAUUUUUUUAAACCAAUCAUUUGUCUUGGCC